ACGUGACCGCGCGGCCGGGGCUGCCAGGUCCGAGGCGGGCGCGCGGCUGAGGAAACCGGGCGCGGGUCUCGCCGCCGCUCCAUUCAGUCCGCGCAGGCAGGUGUGAGCGGUCCCCGCGGCCGCCGGCUCCGCUAACGGCGUCACCGCGCCAGCUCCCCGCGCCUGCCUUCCGAGCCUCAGCCACCCUGCGUCCCGCGUCCGCCGGCUCGUGACUGCUCCAUUUCCCAGGGGACGAUUUAAGAACUGUGUUUGAAGUGUGGCUCUUCCUCUGCCUUUCCUGUCCGAAGGCCAUCCCCUUUGCCAUCACCUGCAAGAACUGAGUGGGGCUCCACUUUUUCUGGUCAGAAAAGGAUCUUCGCUGAGAGCCUGAAGCCCCCAGCUCAUCCCUACUGAGACAUCGUUGCUCCAAGACCCAGGUGAUUGUCGGGUGGCAAGGUGACAAGUCCUCACAUCAUAUUCCAGAGCUGCUGUGCUUUUUCAAGAUCACCUAGUACUUCCAUCUCAUCAGAAAACAGAUUGAACCAGCAGGAUGGGAUGCAAGGUGCUGUUCAGCCUUGGCCAGCAGAUGCUGAGGCGGAAGGUGGUGGACUGCAGCCGCGAGGACAGCCGGCUGUCCCGCUGCCUCAACACCUUUGACCUGGUGGCACUGGGGGUGGGCAGCACGCUGGGAGCCGGUGUGUACGUCCUGGCUGGAGCUGUGGCCCGUGAGAACUCUGGCCCUGCCAUUGUCAUCUCCUUCCUGAUCGCGGCGCUGGCCUCCGUGCUGGCUGGCCUUUGUUACGGCGAGUUCGGUGCUCGUGUCCCCAAGACCGGCUCGGCAUAUCUCUAUAGCUACGUCACCGUCGGGGAGCUCUGGGCCUUCAUCACGGGGUGGAACCUCAUCCUUUCCUACAUCAUCGGUACUUCAAGUGUGGCAAGAGCCUGGAGUGCAACGUUUGAUGAACUGAUUGGCAAACCCAUUGGGGAGUUCUCUCGGACACACAUGACUCUGAACGCCCCUGGAGUGCUGGCCACAAACCCAGACAUCUUUGCUGUGAUCAUAAUUCUCAUCUUAACAGGACUUUUAACUGUUGGUGUGAAAGAGUCAGCCAUGGUCAACAAAGUAUUCACUUGUGUCAACGUUCUGGUGCUGGGCUUCAUCGUGGUGUCAGGCUUUGUGAAAGGCUCGCUUAAAAACUGGCAGUUCACGGAGGAGUAUUUGCACAACAACUCUGGUCUCCUGUGCUCCAACAAUGAAACGAAAGAAGGGGAUCCCGGUGUUGGUGGGUUCAUGCCCUUCGGGUUCUCUGGUGUCCUGUCAGGAGCAGCGACCUGCUUCUAUGCCUUCGUGGGCUUUGACUGCAUCGCCACCACAGGUGAAGAAGUCAAGAACCCCCAGAAGGCCAUCCCCGUGGGCAUCGUCGCCUCCCUCCUGAUUUGCUUCGUCGCCUAUUUUGGGGUGUCGGCUGCCCUCACACUCAUGAUGCCGUACUUCUGCCUGGACAAGGAUAGCCCCCUGCCUGAGGCCUUCAAGCACGUGGGCUGGGAUGGCGCCAAGUAUGCGGUGGCCAUUGGCUCCCUGUGUGCUUUGUCUACUAGCCUUUUGGGUUCUAUGUUUCCCAUGCCUCGAGUUAUCUAUGCCAUGGCUGAAGAUGGACUGCUAUUUAAAUUUUUGGCCAAAAUCAACAAAAGGACCAAAACACCAAUAAUCGCCACGUUAACCUCGGGUGCCAUCGCUGCUGUGAUGGCCUUCCUCUUUGACCUGAAGGAUUUGGUGGAUCUCAUGUCCAUCGGCACUCUCCUGGCUUACUCUUUAGUGGCUGCCUGUGUGUUGGUCUUACGGUAUCAGCCAGAGCAACCUAACAUGGUAUACCAGAUGGCCAGAACUACCGAUGACCUGGAUCAAGUAUACCAGAAUGAAUUGGUGAGCACCAGCGAUUCCCAAACAGGCUUUUUACCAGAAGAAGAAAAGUUUUCUUUGAAGACUAUACUUUCACCCCCAAACACGGAGCCCUCCAAAUUCUCUGGGCUAAUCGUGAACAUUUCCACCAGCCUCAUAGCAAUUCUUAUCAUCAUCUUCUGCAUCGUGACUGUGCUUGGAAAGAAGGCUCUGACAAACGUGGAGUUGUGGGCCAUCUUUAUGCUCAUUAUCUCUGCCAUCCUCUGCUCAGUAAUCACGGUCAUCAUCUGGAGACAGCCGGAGAGCAAGACCAAGCUCUCGUUUAAGGUGCCCUUCCUGCCAGUCCUUCCCGUCCUGAGCAUCUUCGUGAAUGUCUAUCUCAUGAUGCAGCUGGACCAAGGCACCUGGGUCCGGUUUGCGGUGUGGAUGUUGAUAGGCUUUGCCAUCUACUUUGGCUAUGGGCUGUGGCACAGCGAGGAGGCAUCCCUGGUCACUAAACAAGCAAAGACUGCCGAUGGCAGUUUGGACCACUGCAAAUGACGCACAGCCUCACCCACCAGAGGUGACAGCAGCCAUGAGGGAUGCCCACAGAGCACCCAGAAGCACCUUGCUGUCUCCACCAAUGCAGCAGGAUCCACCCACAACCACAAGGCCCCUGAGCAGCAGAAGGUGCACUGCCUGGACUGCAUCCUCAGCCCACAUCUCAAAGGGCCUGCCCCGUCUUGCUCUAGGGCAGGCUCACCAGGCUGGUUACUUCUGACAGCUCCCUUCCACGGCCACUUGGCUGUGGCUGGCCACUGCAUCUCCUAACUUCCCUCUCAACGAAGAAGGCAGAGCCUCCUGCCGUGCUGCUGUGGCCCCAGGCGGGAUGGAGAUCUCCUUCUCAUUCCUGGACAUCCAGGGCUCUGUCCCCAGGCACCGUUCUGGUAUUGAAAAUGCGGUUACUCCAGACUCACAGUAGCCAUCUCCCCGCUCAGCCUGGAACAGCUGGCCAUAAAUACAAGAUGAGUACCAUGAAAUAGUAUGCCUCCACAGGUCCACCCCUGAGCCAAAGGGCAGCUUACUCCAAAAGAAAAAACAAAGACUGGUUUUCUUUCCCGCCCCUGCCCUCUGAGUUGCUUCCAGAAGGGGUCUUAGGACUGUGACCCCUUCUCCACUCUGCCACCUUGACAGAGCUCAGCCCACUCUGCUCUGGACCCAGGGCAUGUAAUUCUGGGAAGACAAGCAGAAGGGAGCACCGCUGUGGGAAGGAGGCAGGGCUGGGGGGCCGGCUUCACUCCAGGACGCUUUUACAUGGGGGACCUCCUUCAGCCACCAGGCCCAGCCUGUUCACUGCUGCUCUGUGUCCUGAGCAACUGGAACGUGACAGUUUAUGGAGGAUUGGCCUCAAAUUAGUAGUGCUCAAAACACCCUUUUCGGUGGGUCUCUGCUGUUCACUGAACCCUGUCCUCUGAUGCUUGUGGGCUGGUGUUUGGGGUUGUGUAAGGUUCCCAGGACAGGUGUCCACUCAUUCGGAGGCGAGACCGUUUCUUCCCACACUUGUGGCCCCUGCCACGAUCUCGUUGGCCCCUCUCUCAAGUCAAUCAAAUUGAGGCCUCCUGUUAGUUGCUGUGAAUCACUCCACCAAAUAAGUUGGUGCUUAUCAUUAACUUGGAAAAUGGCCAAAUGAUUCGUCUAUGCCAUCAGUGUAUUGUUGAGAGUGUGGGGCCCCCACACUAGACAGUUGGGGCAUAUUGCUGUCUCUCUGGUGUACCUGUCGUCCAAAUGCCCUGGGUUUGUGUAGAGGUUUGGGACCCGGCCCGACCCCCUGCUCCAUAAGUCUCCACAGUGAGCUGCUCUCCGCGGCGCUCACAGGCAGAAGCUGGCGUCCCAUCGUCCUCGUCAGAGUGUAGUCCAGGACUCAGGAGGCCCUUGUUGACGGGAGUAGAGGGAGACAGACAUUUCACACAACUCGGAACAUGUAAAUGCUGCUUUCAAAGCUUAUUUUCCCAUUUCUUCCCCUCUGGCCUUUGGCACAAAUCUGAUAGAAAGAAGCUGGUAAGUUGGUAGCACUUGUCUUUUGUCCUGCCCCAGAAGACUGGACAAAAGUUUGAGUUUGUGAAACAGCCAGAUGGCUAGGCUGGCCACGGGAGGACGGCUGGGCAGUCGGCCUGCCCGGGGCUGGGCCAGUGGUCAGGCCCCAGGGGGAUGAUCCCAAGAGUUCAAAGCUUAGAUUUCCAAAGAAAGGUAUUUAAAUUUAUGUAGAUUGGUGCUGUAAACUAUUUUGAUAAAUAUUAACUUAUUUUGUUUGGGUUUGGUUGUCUGCUGUUUUCUUGGGGCCUGUUAGCUGUUUGCUCCAUGUGGCUGAUAUUUUUCCAUGUAAAGAACUGGAGGGAAGGUGUGCCUAAAAGAGAACUUUUAAUUUCUCUUUCUGACUGAAAUUUCCAUGAGGACAGUGCCCAACAGACUGUGAUUACAGUUGACUUUUUCACUAGCAACAUCCAUCGUUCUGCCAACUGCAAAGGUGCGUUUCCUGCACUGUCUCACGGAUAAGAACCUCCCAACAGCGUGUCCCCUCCUUCCGCAGCCCAGAGCCAGUCCUGCUCACAGAAGGCUCAGGGCUCAGGGUAAGGAGAAUCCCUGCACCCUCCCAUCAGGCAGAGCCCCAGUGUAGGGCAGGGCCUCCGAGGGUGACUCAGACACAGUGCACAUGGUCCCUGCACUCUUGCUGAGAGUAGUUCUCUUCCGUGUCUGAGGGCCAUGACAUAGGGAUGGUAUUGGGGCUAGCCUCAAUGUGAAUAGACUUACCACACCCCUCAUCCUGCCCCUGAAAUACACACACACACACACACACACACACAGGCAAAAAGCAAAUCCACCAAAAGUGCCCCUCCCACCAAACAAGAAUAGGAUUGUCAGUUUUGCAGCUCGGCCAGUAUUUUCCUACAUAGAAAUUUCACACAUCUAGAGACACCCUUUGGGAUGUUGUGUCUACUCAUCUGUGCCCCAGCCCCGAAUGCUGAGGAGGGAAAGACCCUUUAUGAUGAGUAAGUGCCCCUUCCUGCCUCUGCAUUCCCAUCAGCAUGUUUCCAUGGCCUGGCCACUCAAAAGGGAGCAAAUUGGAGCCCCAGGGCCUCUGCUGAAGAGGGAGGGUGGAGGGGUUUCCAAGGAAACAGCCAAGCCUCUGGGACUUCCCAGGAGGGGGACCCUUGGCCUCUGCACAUGCCUCACCCUGCCCAACAGCUCACACUCCCUCACCCCAACUCUGAGCUGGAUUUGUUUUUCUAAACCAGGGAGUAGUGAUAGAGCCAUUUUUUCCAGGCUGUUAUGGAAGGACUGUUGCCAGAACCCCUCCUAUCUUGCCCACCUUUGGUUUUAUUCCAUUGAGUUACCAGGCAAUCAUGUGCUGAUGUGUGUUUUGGGCAGCACAGGUCUGCCUCCUGCUGUGUGUUCCCGCCCCAGCUCCAAGGCCCUGACGCACUGCCUCUGCACCUGUGGCAUGGCCUGCGUUCACACUUGAAUGAGGCACCUGGCCCUGCCUGAUCCUUGACCACUGCAUUGGUUCUGCAUGCGUGGGGAUGGGAAGGUGGAUUCUGCCAGGUAUCCUGUCCACCCCACCACUAAGGCAAUCUGAAUUGACUGGGUUUUGCUAUCCCAAUAGGAUGGCCUCUAGCCUAACAUUGGAGACAGAUCUUUGAGGUCAGGGUGGGAGGCUGGGUUCCUUGGGUGAGUAUGGACACACCUCAUGGAGGCCCUGCCCAGUAGGUAAGCUCACUGGCAUUUUGGGGACCUCUGCUUAGCUUUGUACCAGAACCGGUCCUUUCCGAUUUGAAUGCCCCACUAAUACAAGCCAUCACCAUGAAGACAGGCCCCGUGACCAGUGCGUUCCAGGAUGGAUGGAGAGGGAGGGUGGGCGCAUCCACUCUGCUGGGCGAAGGUGUGUGAUGCGUAUGUGCAGAACUGGUCAGUUCCCGGAACUAAAUAUGUUAUGUACAGUCUAAACUAUAUCUGUUUGCCAUCAUAAGGAGAGUAUUGUACUUAAGGUUCCUUGGGGAGAGGAGAUGGAGAUUUUGUCAGACUCCCCUGGACUUUCUGGUAAUGAAAUGCUUUAUUACCAUCCAGUGGUGUAAGAAGCUACACUCUGUAUUUCAUCAUCGUCAUUAUGAUGCCUGAAAAUUAGGCCAAAAAAUGUCAACUGACUUUCUUCUUCAUCACUAUAAUCCAGAGUCUUUGUGCCCAUUGCUUCGCUGAAGUAGCGCUCUCUUUCAAGGGGACAUGGACUGACCAAGGGUCUCAGGCGCAGUUGUCAAGGAGCCAUUCUGGAUCGUUCUCCAGAUGUUGAGCUUGAGAUGGACGACCUUGGCCGUGAAGCCCAGGCGGUUUUCUCAGGGUGUGAGUGUCCGCAGGCUCAGGAAGCAGGGCUAGGAAGAUGCACUCAGGCUUUGCUAAUGUAGUAACGAGGUGUGAUCUUGUGUUUCCUGAUGACAAACUUUUUAAUUUGAGAACUUAUUCUCCCACUUGAGAAGUUAUAAUAUAUAUUUAAAGUAAGUUUCCUGUUUAAGUUGUGCCUUUCAGCAUCACUGGGUGCAAGGAGCACCAAGGGUGAUGAUCCCCAUGAGGGCUGGCUUAUUACCAAACCCGAAGAGCUAUGGUUUCUCCAGUAAAUGUUUUCUUCUAUUGAACAUGGAGCCAUUCUUAAAUGAGUUUUUUCUUAUUAUGUAAAUUGUAAAAUAUUUUUUGUUUGAUGCUCUAUUUUUCUAAUAGUUUUCUUACAAUUAUGAUACUAGAGUUAGAUUUUAACGCUAACUACCAAUCAGGUUGGUCUCUGCUGGUCCCUCCUGUUUUCACUUUAAGAACAAGCAUAGAUGUUGUCCAUCAUUUUUUUAAAAUGUGAAACUCUGUAUCCUGUUUUUGCUGACAACACUGUGCAUCGACAAUGUCUUACUGUACUUUAUGUUGUAAAAUCGAACUGUUUUGUGGUACAUUAUCUCAUGCUUCUGCAAAUUCUAAUAAAUUCUGUCUAUAGCUUCAGAGUG